AUGGGUUAUUUUAAGUCUUAUAAGAACACAUUUGCUGUUGAUCUUCUAGAAUUUUUCAAAGUAGUCAAAUUGGAUGAAAACUUUUCAGAUUUCAACUCCAAUUCAACAAUUAACAGAAAUGCUGCUUCUACAUUUGUUAUUGAACAAAACAAGGUAGACCUGGAAGCUACUGUUGAUGUUGACUCAUGUAAAUCUAAUGAAUCAUCCAAUGGAAGUACGGAUGAUUCUACUGGAAAUAUAAAGCUAGAAGAAAAAGAUGAUCCAUAUCUGGUGGGAUGGAAUGGACCUGAGGAUCCAGAUAACCCUCAAAAUUGGUCCACUUUAAAGAAGACAAUUGUUAUAUUCAAUGUUAUGCUCUUAACUGCUGUUACAUAUAUGGGUUCCUCCAUUUAUACUCCCGGUGAAGAACAAAUUCGUAAGGAAUUUCAUGUUGGUCACGUUGUUGCAACUUUAAACCUUUCCUUAUACGUUCUUGGUUAUGGGCUGGGUCCAAUUGUCUUUUCUCCAUUAACAGAAAUCGCAAAAAUCGGUCGUCAACAAACCUAUACUCUUACAUUUUUUUGCUUCACUAUUUUACAAAUCGGUGCUGCUACAGUUCAUAACAUUGGAGGUUUGAUUGUUAUCAGAUUCUUUACAGGUAUAUUCUGUUCACCUGCUCUAGCUACUGGUGCUGCUACAAUUGCAGAUGUUGUUAGUCCAGAAAUUGUUCCAAUCUUCUUAGCAAUAUGGUCUAUUGGUGCCAUGGUGGCUCCUAUAAUUGGUCCUUUACUUGGUGCUACAAUGGUCAUUAGUAAAGGCUGGAGAUGGAUCUUUUGGCUACUGCUAUGGAUGUCAGCCGCUACUUUGAUUAUCUUAACAUUCUUCUUCCCUGAAACUUCUGCUAAUAAUAUUUUAUCACGUCGUGCUAGUAGAAUAAGAAAUAAGACGGGUGAUAAGAGUUAUUACACCGUUCAAGAAAAAUUGGAUAGCGAUACUACUACUGAAAGAUUCUUAAUCAAUACAUUUUAUAGACCAUUCAAGCUUAUCGCCAAAGAGCCUAUGAUCUUGGUAUUAGAUGUUUAUUUGGCGUUAUGUUACGGUGCAUUCUAUCUAUUUUUUGAAGCCUUCCCAAUUGUGUUCGUUGGUAUCUACCAUUUCACAUUGAUUGAAACUGGUUUAGCAUAUUUCGGUUUCUGUGUUGGUUGUUGUAUUGCCUUCCCUGCACUAAUGGUAUUCUUACACAAAGUGGUUAGGCCAAGAUUUGAAAACAAUACAUUUACUCCAGAAGUGUUCUUGAUUUUAGCCAUGUGUGUCUCUUGGUCACUACCAACAUCAUUAUUCUUAUUUGGUUGGGCUGCUAGUACCCAUUGGAUUGUUCCAAUUAUUGCGCAGAUCUUCUUCGUACUUUGUGUCUUCAACCUGUUCCAAUGUACAUUUUCUUAUUUAGCAAUGGCUUAUCCAAAAUAUACUGCAUCCGUCUUUGCUGGUAAUAGUCUUUUCCGUGCCUCAUUCGCUUGUGCAUUCCCAUUGUUUGGUCAAGCAAUGUACAACAAUUUGGCCAUUGACGGGUAUCCAGUUGGCUGGGGUUCUUCUCUAAUUGGAUUCUUCUGUAUGGCCUUGGCAGCUACCCCAUUCGUACUGUACAAAUACGGGCCUGCAUUACGUGCCAGAUCUGCAUACAGUGAUUAA